UACUUACGAUGUACGACGAGUCUAGCGCCCAUACGUGACAGGACGAUAUAAUCUCGCUCACUUCCUCCUUCUCUGGCCUUCCCUUUACGCAAAACCUUCGACAUCCUCCGGCGAGUAACACCUCUCCGCAAACAACAAUGAACAUCUUCCAGCUUUCGGUGCUUCUUAGCAUGGCUGCUGCUGCUGCUCUUCCAGAUGGAGACGAACCUCCUUAUUGCCCGGCAAGCUGCUACGCUGGAGCCGGAGACCAGCCCCUUCGAUGUACUGCUUUCGACUGCAAUGUCUAUGUUUGCGCCGGCUUGACAUGCGGCUACGAUGGCACGUACUGUAACCCGCGUCCCGAUGGUUCGGCGGAUUGCGCUUAGUCUCU